CUCACAUCCUCACAUGACUUCCUCGCGAGAACUCAUGCAGUUUGACUGUCACGAGAAUUCACGUAGUUACGAAAAGUUUUUAAUCAGAACUGAUGGAAAAGAACGUCAAGAUGAAGAAGAAGGUAUUUUUCUGAUAUUUUAUGUAUUUUUAUUAUCAGAUAAUUGCGCCUAUAUAUGCUACUAAUGGGAAAAUCUUGUGACUUACUUAUCAUCGUGCAUGUUACAUCUUGCGAAUUUUUCUUGAAGGUUCUUCUUAUGGGUAAAAGUGGCUCAGGAAAAACGAGCAUGAGGUCGAUAAUAUUUGCAAACUACAUUGCAAGAGACACAAGAAGACUUGGAGCGACAAGUAAGUAUUUUAUCUUUCGCUCUGACGGAGGGUUAACGAUCCAAACGUCAGCUUCAGAAACCUUCUACGAAGGCAAUUUAUUAUAAAUAUAUGUAUAUGUAUUUAUACAUUACCAAUUCCGUUGAUAAAACCAAAUCAUCCAAGUAUCUAACUGUUGUUAACAGUUUACUUUUUGUACCCGCACUUUGAGGCUCUUUAUCUUUAUUUUGUAAAGUUAACAUCACUUCAGAAUUUUUCUCUCGUGUGAAAUUGCAGGGCCUCUUACUUUCCAUUCUGACGAGUAAUUUUAAUUUUUUUCUAUUUUCAGUUGACGUGGAGCAUUCUCAUGUUCGUUUUCUUGGAAAUUUGGUUCUCAAUCUUUGGGAUUGUGGAGGGUAAUUUGACCAUUAAGUUUACCGUCAUUUUAGGAUGUAGUUGUUGUGAAUUGUAACAUAUUUUGACCAAUAUUCUCAUUAUUUUCAGUGUAGUAACUGAACUAAUUAGAAAUAUUUUUUAUUGUAAUUAGUAGCUGGACAAUUGGCUGAUACAGGCAACCAUUUUUUUUUGUAGUUAAUUUGUUAACCUCUAAUCACACUUUCUAAUUAAGCAGUAGACCGCACUUUCUAUAUGUUUACCAGCUUAAUAACCCAUGUAGGAUGUUAGGAGAACAUAGGAAAAGUUUGUAAUUCACAAGCCAGAGGUGAGUGACUUGCAAACUUUUUGGGUGUUCUCCGAACAUUCCAAGUUGGUUAUUACAACAAUAGAUUGAUAGAAUGUUGGGUCUAUCUAGAGUUAGGAUGUUUCAAUUUCCUAUGGGUUUACUAUUGCAAUAAACAAGAGGUUUUUGACCAAUCAGGGUGCUCCUAAUAUUUCAGUUAUUUUGUAAACCUCUAUAAGAAAGAAUCUGAAAGAUUAUAGAGAUAAGAUAACUCUGGCCUUCCAUUAAUACCAGGGGGGGCUGAUAUAUUGACUCUCUUCCAAUCUUCAUAAAAAAUGGAGUAGUAGCAAUUGUGUUAUUUUCACUUCCCAGACAAGAGGCAUUUAUGGAGAAUUAUUUCACAAGUCAGAGGGACAACAUUUUUAGAAAUGUUGAAGUUCUAAUUUAUGUGUUUGAUGUGGAAAGUCGUGAACUUGAGAAAGAUAUGCACUAUUACCAGACUUGCCUAGAGGCCAUUCUUCAGAAUUCACCUGAUGCCAAGAUAUUUUGCCUUAUUCACAAAAUGGAUUUGGUACAAGAAGAUCAGAGAGAUGCAGUGAGUACAUUUGCAGCCUAAUAAGAUAGCAAUAGAGACAUUGACUUCAUAAUUUAAGCUUUCAUGCAGUCUUGAAAAAAAAAAAAAGUCACUCAACAUAUUUUUAUGGGGCUAAAUAUGAUCUCUUCUUUGUUGUACAAUGAAGCCUUCACAAUGUCACCAGAUGGCAAUUUUUCCCUACUGCAAAUCUGUAAUCAUGAAAACAGGUGGUGAGAUAUGUGGGCGAGAUCACAAAUUUAAAGGGCCCCUAGAUGGAGCAAAAGGAACAUAGUAGCUCUGAUGAAUUUGGACAGAAGGUACUAAAAAUUUAGCUUUGCAAAACACAGGUUGGGUUGUGAAAAUGUCUCCAAAAGACACGAUUUUUUUUUUUUUUUCAGAUUUUUAGAGAGCGGGAAGAAGACCUCAAAAGGCUCUCAAAGCCACUGGAAUGUACAUGUUUCCGUACAUCAAUUUGGGAUGAAACUCUUUACAAGGCUUGGUCAUCCAUUGUCUAUCAGCUGAUACCAAAUGUGACACAACUGGAACAGAAUCUGGAGAACUUUGCUUCAAUCAUUGAAGCAGAUGAAGUCCUUUUGUUUGAGAGGGCCACAUUUCUGGUAGGUAUUUAAUUAAAGUAGAAUGUGUCCACUGAUGUUAGGAAGUGAAGGGUUAACACCUGGAAGCCUGAUCCUGCUUUAGCAUCCCCUGAUAUACCAAAUACCUACAUUGUAGUUUUUAUUGAAAUGGGCUGCUAAUCUACAAUAGUCUUUCAACAUUGGCAUUUUUUCAAUUUUCCUGACAGUCCACUGAUAGCUUUUUACACUACAGGCUUUAUUAGAUACUUUACUAUUUUCUCACUGUAGAAAACAACACAAGGACCUAGCCAAGUCUUAACCCUUUAACUCCCAGAUCAAAUUUAUAAUUCUCCUAAAUAUCAACCAUACAAUUCUCAUAAUGUUAGUUCAGAGAACUUAGUAUUGGAUCAACUAAUUAUCCUCAAAUUGAUAUUUUUCUUUAUUCUCAACACUUAUCUGGUUGAUAUUGUAUUGAUAUUGUAAGGAGAAAUUUUGUCUUGGUCACUCAUGGGAGUUAAAGGGUUAAACAGUGGACUCUUGAUCUAGAGUUGAUCUUUCUAACCAAUCAGCUAUCAAAUCUGUCAACUAUUCAAUAGCUUUAAACCCUUUAACUCGCAUGGGUGACUGAGACAGAAUUUCUCUUUACAAUAUCAAUACAGUAUCAAGCAGACAAGUAAUGAGAAUAAAUAAGUGUAUCAACAAGGGGAUUAUUAGUUGAUCCAAUGCCAAAUUCUUGGAACUAACAUAGUGACUAUUAUAUGGCUAACGAGAUCUUAAGAAUUAAAGGGUUAUUUGUAAAUUGUUAACGGUAGAUUUAACUUAGUUUGAGUUUGUUGUUGUGACCCUCUUUGUAAACAACAUUUGAAUGACACUUAGUGUUCAUUUUUCAGGUUAUUUCUUAUUGUCAACGCAAGUCCCAUAAGGAUGUACACAGAUUUGAAAAAAUUAGUAACAUUAUCAAACAGUUCAAGUUAAGCUGUAGGUAAGUUGAGUCCUGUUGAGGAAGGUCAAGUUUUCCAGUGUAAUGGACUUGGAUGCUUUAUCGCAUCACUACUGAGCUUAUGCUCCAGUUUUAACUGCUUGAAGCCCCCUGUAUUGUGUAACACGGAUAAUCAAUCUUGACCUUCCACUCUUAAUUUUCUCCAUAGUAAACUGCAUGCCCAUUUUCAGAGCAUGGAGGUGCGCAAUUCUACAUUUGCUGCAUUUAUUGAUGUCUUUACACCAAACACAUAUGUGAUGGUUAUCAUGUCUGACAACACAAUCCGUAAGUAUAUGUACAAUGAACUUUCUCAUAGGUGACACCUAUGUGCAACUAGCUCAUCCUUGGAGUUGGUUCCUGAUACAGGAAUUGCUCUACUUUUUACAUUUCAAACUCCCCUAUUUACAGCAAUACUAUAACCAACAGACCAGACAGAAAAAACCUUUUUACAACCUGUAUGUAACUGUUAAGUACCAUUGUGAAGGGAAUAAAAAAUCUCUUGAGUUGACACUGACCAAUUUGCUUCCACAAACCUGGCUUAGAGCAUUCAACUGAAAAACAGGUUGUUAAAAAGGGCUAUCAAUCUUAAUAGCUUGUACACUAAAGAAACAAAUCUUCAAGUCAUUUAUUAAACAUAGCCCUCUCUAAAGUAUUUACAUCUUCAGAUUCCAGAGAAAUAUGAAUAUGCUAUGAAUUUGAUUCUAUAAUGAGUGAAUUUUCAACAUCUGCUUGAAGUGUAAAUUCUUCUCUCUCUUAGCAUCUGCUGCUACACAGAUUAAUAUUCGCAAUGCAAGGAAGCACUUUGAGAGGCUAGAAAAGGUUUCCAGUAAUGGGCAGCAUUCCCUGAAAGGGAGAUAGAUAACAAAGAAUGAUGUACAUCUUGAAAACAAACAAUAUAUAUUGCCAAAUCAGCCAGAGAUGUUGUAAAAUAUAGCUAUUCCAUGUUAAGAGGAAUGGUUAGCUGUUUUGUAUCUUGUAUUAUGUAGUUGUAUUCCCUGUGAUUGCCAUGUUAUUAAUAAUAAUUAAUUACAUUUUUGUGCAAUGACAUACCAUCUGCUCAGGAAAUAGUGUCCCGCAUGGUGAUACAAUGAUAGUAUACUACUGAGCCAGAUAGUCAGUCAGAUAAUGAAAAUAAUAAUGAUGAAAAGGUUCAGUACAACUGAAAAAAGCCUUUAAGAGUCUCUUGGUUUGCCAUCCAUAAACAGAAAGAAGGAGCAAUAUAAGAACAAGAACAAAAAUGUAUUGAGCCAUGAUUAAUAAACCUUCAAGAGCAGGCCUGCAAGUCGAGUUCCAGCCUUUCUCAUCCUGAACAGUCUUGUCUGGUAAGGAUGACGAUCACUGGCAGAACUUGUUCUUAAUUAACAGGUUGUGAGAGACUUUAAAUUGAUAUUUGCUCAGUUUUUUUUUAGCGUGGCUUAAUAUCCAUUGGAAAAAAUUAUGCUGUGCCUUACUCAUUAUUACUGGUUUAAAUAAUUUUUUGUGUUAAUUGUCAUUAUCAAUCCAAGUUUAUUCCACUUAAAUUAAUUUGCUUUCUACACAUAUGACCUGAUAUAUUUUUCUUAAAGGUGACUCAUUGAUUGCCAAAUGCCCGUGUGAUAGUCUAGUGUUACUUUAUUGAUGUAGGUCUAGCCUAUAUUUGAGGUAUUUGAAACCACUCCUGGAAAGAAACUGAGUAUGUUCAGAAUAAUGUGAGCUGGAGUUGAAAUUGAGUCUUAAAAAAAAACAAUUGCACACUGCGUCUGCGUUUCUUAUUAGUGAUAAGAAGACUAGUUACUACAAGAAGCAAACAGAUGAUUGAGUGCAGGCGAUAAAAGACACCACGACGUGCCAGCGCUCGAAGCUUGAUCUGUUACCGCCAAAAAUCAUAUUGACUUAAUUCAUUGUGAAUUCGUAACUUUUCACUUUCCAUCGCAUUUUUAUUUAUAUUUGUUCUUUUGUUUUCACGCGCAUUACUUCAUCGAUAAUCCACUACUUUGUUUUUACAUCAUUUCCCUAAGUUCUAUACCAUAAAUUUCAUUCAUUCGGCUAUCUCGUUUAACUGUUCUGAUUCAUUUUUCAAAAUCGCUUUAAAUCGUUCUCUAUCGUCUGUAACCAGCCAUUUGUUCCCGGACCUCCUAUAGCGUUUGGAAGUGUCUUUAGUAAAUCUUUACUUUGUUUUCUCGUUUGCCAAUUUCUUUACGUAUAAAUUUAGUAACUUAUUAUUUGUAACCUUGUUUUAGCAACCGCUUCAAUUGUUCACUUCGCUUCGAAUCUUCACGUCGUCUCGUUUUGUUUGGAAGUACAUUAAAGCGUG